CGAAUGAAGGAAGGCACGGAGCUGGGAAUAUAGAUCUAUCAUGCCGGUGGCACUUGUUACAGGAUUUUGCCUGCUGAACAUUCUCAGUUAUGCCACCGUGGCAGUUUCACAGCUUGAACCUGCCGGGACGGGCUUCCCUUUUACUGUGUGUGCAGGACUGGAUACAGUGGGGCAAAAAGGCGACCCCGGUCCCAUGGGGCCAACUGGGCCUUCAGGGACCCCAGGAAUAAAUGGAACAAAAGGUGAAAAAGGAGACACUGGCCCAAUGGGUUUACAAGGGGAAAAAGGAGAUCAAGGAGCAGCUGGGAUAUAUUCAUUGUACAAUGGAACGUCCUGUAAGGAUCUGCUGAAUCAAGGGGAAUUUCUAAGUGGCUGGAAUAUCAUAAACCCAGUAGGAAUGUCACCCCUGAGAGUGUUGUGUGACAUGCAUACAGAUGGAGGAGGGUGGCUGGUUUUCCAAAGACGUUGGGAUGGCACGGUGUCUUUCAAUGUUGGCUGGAAUGCCUACAAGAGGGGGUUUGGGAGCGAAAUGAAUGAGUUCUGGCUGGGGAAUGAUAUUCUUCACAAUUUAACAUCAUCAGGCACGUGGGAACUGCGCAUUGAUCUCCGAGACUUUGACAACAACAUGUAUUAUGCCAAAUAUUCCUCCUUCCAAGUUCUGGGAGAGGAAAAUAAAUAUGCAUUAUUGGUGAGCAACUUCAGCGCAGGAAAUAUAGGAGAUUCCCUGACGUCUCACAUGAACAUGUCGUUUAGCACCUAUGACCAGAACAAUGACAUGUCAGGGGGCAACUGCGCUCUUACAAACCAGGCAGGUUGGUGGUAUACCAACUGUUUCCAGUCCAACCUGAACGGGUUGUACCGUCUUGUGCAGAACAGCAGUCAGACUGGCAUCAACUGGCUGAGCGAUGGCAAGACCUUCUACUCUUACAAAUCCAGUGAAAUGAAGAUACGGCAACUGUAAUCAGCAAGAGAAAGUCUAGAUACAGAGAAGACAUAGAACAAGAAAAUACACUUUUGUUCAAGAAAGAAAUAUAUAAAGGGAGAUAUAUAGAGAGAUGUACAUUGUGUGCCCAUUCCUUGUAUCAAAAAUGUGUGCCAAAUGUAAUGGACUAGGGAAAAAGAACCCUCAGUCCCUCUAACUUUAUCAAUAAAUGAUAUGAUAUACAGUA